GGCCGCUGAGAUUUCGGAGUCUGCGCUGGGCCCGCUUGGGGCUCUUAGUGGAUGGAAAAGUUCAGUCAUGUUUGCACCCGCGGUGAUACGUGCUUUGCGCAAGAACAAGACUCUCCGCUACGGAGUCCCUAUGUUGUUGCUGAUUGUUGGAGGUUCUUUUGGUCUUCGUGAGUUUUCUCAAAUACGAUACGAUGCUGUGAAGAGUAAACUUGAUCCUGAGUUCGAAAAAAGACUGAGAGCGAAUAAAAUAACUUUAGAAUCAGAAUAUGAGAAAAUAAAAGACUCCACUUUUGAUGAAUGGAAGAAUAUUCGAGGACCCAGGCCUUGGGAAGAUCCUGACCUCCUCCAAGGGAGAAAUCCAGAAAGCCUUAAGACUAAGAGAACUUGACUAUGCUGAUUCUUUUUUCCUUUUUUUUUUUUUUUUUUAAAUAAAAAUGUUAUAAACUGGACUUCCUAAUACAUGCCACUAUAAAGUGGAAAGGAAAUUCCAAGCCCAUGGAAAUUUGGAUAUGGGUAAUUUGAUGACAGAUAAUCUUGAUAAAAGGUCAAGUACAGGUUUUUAUACUUCUCAGCUAUUCCAUCUGCAGAUGAAAGUAACAAUGUUUCAGCAGUAUCACUUACAAAAAGUAAAAAAGAAAAAGAAAAAAAAAAGUAACAAUGCUGGCCACAUAUAUUUUACACCUUGAAAUAAAAAAUGUGAAUACUA